AUGUGCCUGGCCUUCACCAUCAUGAAAAGGCUGAAGUCGUAUGAACUUACAAUCUACGAAAAGAACAAAGAUGUUGGCGGGACGUGGUUUGAGAAUCGCUACCCGGGAUGUGCCUGUGAUAUCCCAGCACAUUUAUAUACUCUAUCAUGGGAUCCAAAGUACGACUGGAGCAAGUACUACGCUGAUUCUGCAGAGAUACACCAAUACUGUCGAAAUUUCUAUGAAAGGUAUAAUAUUGACCAGUUCACAAAACUGGAGCACAAAGUCAAACGAGCUGUCUGGGAUGAUGCAACGGGACAGUGGCGAGUUUCUAUCGAGGAUCUCGCUACUGGAAACACGUUCCAGGAUACAGGCGACAUUCUUGUGAAUGCCACAGGGUUUCUGAACAAGUGGACCUGGCCACAUAUUGAAGGUAUCGACAAAUUUCGCAGGCCGAAGGUUCAUUCGGCAGCGUGGGAUGACUCGAUCAACUUCCACAACAAGACCAUCGGCGUCAUCGGCUCUGGCUCAAGCGCAAUUCAGAUUGUUCCUCAAAUGCAGAAAGUGGCCAAAGACCUGAAAGUUUUCAUGCGUUCGCCAACCUGGAUCACACCCGCCAUCGGCGGCCAAACAUCUUCCCAGUUCCAGGGCGACGACAACCCCGGUCACCAGCAAUUCACCUUUACCGAAGAACAAAAGGAAAGAUUCCGGUCUGAUCCCGAAUACCAUCUACAAUUUAGAAGGAAGAUCGAGGCCGAAGUCAACUGGAUGGCGGAUGUGUUUAAGAUGGGCAGUAAAAUGCAGCAAGACGUGCAAAAGAUGAUGACACAGCAGAUGAAGGCCCGCAUUGGACCUGGCCAUGACGAACUUGUUGCAAAGUUGAUUCCGCAAUGGCCCCCGGGGUGUAGACGUCUUACUCCCGGAGACAGAUACUUAGAGUCGUUAGUGGAGUCGAACGUCGAGCCAGUCUUUGGAGACAUUCUCAGGCUUGAUGAUACGGCAGUCGUGAUGAUGGAUGGCACGAGACACGAGGUUGAUGUCUUGGUGUGUGCGACAGGAUUUGAUGUCUCCUUUGUUCCGUCGUUUGAAAUAUUGGGCCGAGACGGACUCAAUAUCAAGGAAGCCUGGAAAGACAUUCCAGACGCUUACCUUGGUCUUGCGGCCCCGAACUUUCCCAACUACUUCAUUAUUUGUGGACCUCAAGGCCCUCUCGGAAAUGGAUCCAUCUUACCUGCUAUUGAGGUAAUUUGCGACUAUAUCAGUACGGUUGCGCUGAAGAUGCAGGCUGAGAGGAUCAAGUCACUCGAGCCAAAGCGAAUCGCCACGGAUCAGUUCCAAGAACACAUGCACAAGUUCCAUAAGAAGUCUGUUUGGGGCCAACCCUGCAGGUCUUGGUACAAGAAUGGCAAAAUGGAUGGAGCGCCACAGCUGUGGUGCGGUACGGCCUUAUCAUACAUCAAAACUAUUCGAAACCCACGAUUCGAAGACUUUGAUAUAGAAUAUGAAAGCCCCAAUCGUUGGGCGUUUCUGGGAAACGGUAAGAUCCAGGCACACAACGGUCUCAGCGAUGGAACGCCCGAUAUUCAAGGACUGGCUCCGUAUAUUAGGAAUGCCGACACCCCUUGGGAGAUUUAA